ACUGAUCUUUAUUCUACUUAGACUUUUCAAAUGAAAACAACAACAAAAUGAGUUUUUUGAUUCUUUUCUGUGUGUUUAGCCAAGCUGUAACUAUCAUUCAAGGACAAAGAAAAGUGGAUAACAGAGGAGUUAAAAACUACAGCAGGAGAACAGUAGAAGUUGGAGUCUAUCUAGAUAAAUAUGUGUGGAAUGCUAUGAAACAACAUGUUAAAGGAUCUGAUAGUGUUGUUCAAAGAGAAACAGAAACCAUGAUAAAACAACUAUUUAAAGAUACCGCAGUUCUAUUCAGAGAUUCAUCAAUUUCCAAAAAUGGAGGUUUUGAUCUAAAAUUAAAUGGUAUUUUAAUAAUAAAGGAUGAUAAAGAUCGCAAAUUUAGCCCAAUUCAUCAAACAACUGAUCUGAGAAGACAGCUUGAUGUAUUUGUGGUAAGAAAUCAUAUAAACUCCUAGAUAAAACUGUAAAGC